GAGUAGCCGGCUCUGCGGCGUCGACUUGUCUGGAGAGCGGACUCCCACCGGAGAAUCGAUCCUACCUGCAGGACAGUAACGGGCAGGAGCUUGCUUUGGGCCUCUUAGAGUACGACUGGCCCUCAGCCCGAUUGGUGACGCAGAUCGCCGCUAUCUUGCUGGAGGAGCAGUUGGGCUACCAUGUGUCCUUUGAGCACCGUACCUCCAGCUUCAUCGAGUCUUUGCGUCAGCUCGCCGGAUGUGCAGAGGGCGAAGGCACUGGUAUUCUGGGACCUGGUCCUGACGGUGUCCCACGAACCCUCCAAGGAGACGUUGUGAGGCCAUGCUCCGCCGAAGUGCGCUGCCAUGUGGCCUUGGACAGCCCUGUCGGAAGAAACGAGUUUACGCAACUGGCCUUCCGGGCAGCAACGCCGUUCACGUCGCCUGAAGAUGUCGGGAGCAUGGGCUACUUUAGUGAGCAGAACCUCGCAGUGUCCUCUACGAUCCAUGCUGCUGCCUAUGAG